AUGGCUGAAAAGCCACCAGAGGAAGGAUACAUUUCUGUAGUAGACGAGGAGCCAGAGUUUUUUGCACUAUUAAAGUGGGAUUCGGCACAAACUCAUAAGCAACAUGAAGUGCGGAGUUUGGAGAGAGCAAAAAGUCCUGAGAAGAGUGUGCCAAAGCCGAGAGAGGAACCGGAUCCGUUUGAUUUGAACGAUGUCACAUUUGCAGAUACCUUCCGUCUGACAAAAGAUAUGGCGCGAAAUCUUUGCGAAGAAAUAAAAUCUGUGAUGCCGGAUUCUACGAAAUUACUUGAUUUAUCCAUUGAAACAAAGGUACUGGCAACUCUCUCCUUUUAUGCAACAGGAAAGUAUCAAAAAUCAUUAGCAGGCAAGACAGAUCCAAAUGUUACUCAAUACUUCUUUAUGACUGCAGUGAGCCAAGUAACGGAAGCAAUUAAUCAUCCAUCGAUUGUAAAGAGAUAUAUUCACUUUCCCCAUUUAAGGAAUGAAAGGGAUCUUAUUAAGAGCAGGUUUUACAUGAAGUACAGGAUACCAAAUGUAGUUGGGUGUGUGGACUGUAUGCAUGUGCCCAUCUAUAAGCCUGACGAUGACCACAAAAGACAUUUCAACAAAUCCUAUCAUUCCAAGAAAGCUCAAAUUAUAUGUGAUAGUGAUCUCAAUAUAUUAAGUGUAGAUGCGUCACCGGGCGGCUCACUCACACACGACGCCAUUUUACAUAAACAUGCAGUGAGAAAUGAUCUAGAAAGUCUUAAUGCAGCUAGAGAUACAUGUUGGCUUGUAGGUGGUCCCCACUAUCUCCAAAAGCCCUACCUAAUGACACCAAUCCCCAAAAUCACAAAAAAAACACCAGUGUCUCCUGAAAAACACUACACGAAUCUCCAUACAAACACACACAACGCAGUCUUAGAGACAAUAAAACAUCUUAAAACCAGAUGGAAGUGUCUUCAAGCAACAUGCAACAAACAAUUUGAUCCAUCUAUGGUGUCUAUGAUAAUUGUGGCUUGUUGUAUCCUACAUAACAUGUGCAAUAGACGAGGAUUGGCUGUACCACAAAUGACCCAGGCGGAAGAAAGGUUAGAAAUUAUGAAGCAGAAGGUGGCGAAUGCGCCCGUGUCUAAGAAACGUGUCGAGGAUCCUUCAGGUGUGCAAGUAAGGAGCACCUUGAUAGAGAGAUUAUGGAACGAACGCAGCGUUAACGAAGGUAUUCCACCUAAGAAACGAGUGAGGAAGGAGCGAGUUGAACCCCCACCCGUGCCCCAGAUGCCGACUAUGAUGCAAGAGGACCCCAGCAAACGAGCGAGGGUUAUGAUGAACAACCCGUAUGGGUUAGGGGUCGGGAUGAACCCCGGAUGGGGACAUUAUCCACAGCACUAA